AUGUAUGGUGGCAUAGAUAAAGAUGGAGGAGAAAAAGUGGACAAAGAAAUUAGUCAAAUCAUUUUAAAUGCCAUAAAUGAAAUUGCUGAAGAAAAACAAAUAGCAAAAGAAGAUAUCAUUGAAGCUUUAAAAGAAGGACUAAAAAAAGCAUAUGAAUAUCAAAGUCAUCGUGAUGAUAGUACAAAUAUCAGAAUUGAAAUUGAUCAAAAUAAAGGUACUAUUAAAAUUUUAAAGGAUUUAAUUGUUGUUCCAAAAGUUGAAGAUCCUGAAUUAGAAAUUGCACUUUCAACUAUUAAAACAAAGAAUCCCGGCUUAACAAUUGGUGAUACAUAUACGCAAAUAAUUCCUAGUGAUCAAUUCUCUCGUUUAUCAAUUUUUAAAGCUAUUCAAGUAGUGAAACAAUCAAUUCGUGAAGCAGAAAAAACAUCAAUUUAUGAUGAAUUUAUUGAUAAAAAAGAUCACAUAUUAAUUGGUACUAUUGAAAGCGUUGAAGAAACUUAUAUGUUAAUUAAAAUUGGUAGAGCCUACGCUUUCUUACCAAAACAAAAUCAAAUCCCUAGUGAGAUCUUACCAAAAAAUAAACCAAUUGCUAAUAAUACUUACAUCAAAUUUUAUGUUGAAGAUAUUAUUAAAAAUAAAAACUAUGGUCAAAUUUUAGCAUCAAGAACUCACGUUAAUUUUUUACGUUGUUUACUAGAAUUAGAAGUUCCUGAAAUAGCACAAGGUGUAAUCGAAGUUAAAGAUAUUGCUCGUAUUCCUGGAAUUAGAGCUAAGGUUGCAAUUGUUAGUCAUGAUCCAAGCAUUGAUGGUAUUGGUGCAUGUAUUGGUCCAAAAGGCGAAAGAACAAAAUUAAUUACGCAAGAAUUAAGUGGCGAAAAAAUUGACAUUAUUGCCUGA